CUAGAUCUAGUUGUAGAGCACAUGUAGGUCUAGAUCUAGUUGUAGAGCACAUGUAGCCUCUAUUUGACUUUCAGUUAACUUCUUUGUCUGCACUAUAUAUCUAAAUAGAAUAAUUAAUUUUAAAGACGGGGCUAUUUAAAUAUAUAUAUAGAUGGAUAGAUAAAUAGAUAGAUAUAAGUAGCUCAUAAAUCUACAUCUAGAUAGUAGCCUACAUAGAUCAUAGAACUAGAUUUCUAGAUCUAGACUAUAUUCUAAAUCUGGAAAUUGUGGAAAGUAAUCUAAAGUCUAGCGAAAGCCCGAUUUGCAAGGGACUAAGGAAUGGCGUAUCGCAAUAAUUGGAGUUCAACUUAUUUGGUCGUAUUUGUGACUUUGUACACUUUGAUAAAUGUGUAUUGUGUACUUGGUGAUCGUGAAACAAAGGUCAUUGAGUCAUAUCAUGUCAAAUCUGAUAUCCGAUUUCGAUUUGCGACUACUCAAAUGUCUAGUGUGGUCAGAAAUAAAGCGGAAAUGGCCCAAGAAAUCGCUUUCGAUGUAGCACUUCCAGAGGAAGCCUUCAUUGUGAGUUUCUCAAUGUUUAUUGAUGGGAAAAACUAUGAUGGGGAAGUGAAAGAAAAAGCUAAAGCCAAAGAAGAAUAUCAGUCAGCUGUGAAUAUGGGUCAAAGUGCAGGAUUGAUCAGUCAAGCGCCUCGACACUCCAACACAUUUACUGUUUCUGUCAAUGUGGCUGCUGGAUCUGCAGUCAACUUUACAUUGGUCUACCAAGAGUUGCUCCAGAGAAAGCAUGGCAUGUAUGAGUAUGAAAUUAAUGUUAAACCUGGACAGGCAGUGGAAGACUUUCUUAUUGAAGUCUACAUUCAGGAAACAUCAAAGUUAAAGUUUGUCAAAACUCCUGCUUUACGUAAUGACUCACUAGUGUACAACACAGUGGAAGUUCAAAAUGUGUUGAUUGUUGAGGAGCGACCCACUCCUGAGACUUCACACAUUGUUUUUAAACCAAACAUCAAGCAGCAAGGAGAUAAAGGAAUCUCUGCUCAGUUUGUGGUUCAGUAUGAUGUAGAGCAUAAACCUAAAGGAGAAAUUCUGGUGGUGGAUGGCUACUUCAUUCACUUUUUUGCUCCUGACUUACCCCCAAUACCAAAGGAUAUCCUAUUUGUGCUAGAUGUUUCUUCAUCUAUGUAUGGUAAUAAAAUAAAUCAACUGAAGACAGCAAUAAGUGUUAUUCUGAAAGACCUUCAACCUCAAGACAGAUUUAACAUUAUCAAAUUUAGCUCUGGUGUUACAAAAUGGAGAGAUGAACUUGUAUCUGUUGAAGAGGGAACAAUUAAAGAAGCACAAUACUUUGUUCAACAACUUUCUGCUUCUGGAAUGACAAAUAUAAAUGACGCUUUACUGACUGCUGUGAAUGAUUUGAAAGUCACCAGAAGUAAACAUCGUGUCAGCAUGAUAUUUUUCUUAACUGAUGGCUCACCAACAAUGGGUGAGAUGAACAAGGACAAAAUUGCUGCCAAUGUGGCAGGCUUCUCAUUUCCCAUCUUUGGAUUGGCCUUUGGACAUGAAGCUGACUUUAAUUUGAUGAAGACCAUCUCCAUUCAAAGUUUUGGCUUUGCAAGGAAAAUCUAUGAAGCUUCUGAUGCUGCCUUGCAGGUUUCUGGCCUUUAUAAAGAGAUUUCAGCUGUGUCCAUUAAGGAUGCUACCAUAUCCUAUCUACCAAGUAUAGUGGAUGAGUUGACUGUUACAGAGAACAACUUUCCAGUCAUAUUUAAAGACUCAGAGGUAGUCGUGUCAGGCAAGCUAGCACAAAACACCAAGAAUAUGGAGAUUGUGAUCAAAGGUAUUCAACAGUCUGGUGAGAUCAGUUUGGUCUUAAAUGAAGUGGAUUACAAUAGCUUCAUCUUAAAAGAUAAUGUUAAUCCUUUCUUCACUCUGCCACGAGAUUUUUCUGGGAUAGUGGAAAAGAUGUGGGCCUUCAUCACUAUUAAACAGUUGCUAAAAGAGAAAGAGAAAAAUUCAUCUGCCAUGGAAGAGAUAGAUAAGAAGAUUAUUCAAAUGUCAUUAAAGUACAAGUUUGUCACUCCAUUGACAGCAAUGAUAGUGAAAAAGCCAAAUGAGGAAAACCCAAGCGUGUCUAGUUUAGAAGCAGGAGACCAUAGGUUUAUGUCCCCUGAUGCAUUGAGCCAAAUGCAGGGUGGCUAUUUACAACCAAUAUCUUCUCGUUUGAUGUUUUCACGAGCCCAUGCACAUGCACUCCCACAAAGAAAUUACAAAGGUAGUAUAAGCACGCAACCAACUUCAUAUAUAGCUUUUAGGCGUCCUCUAGUCAUUCCACCCAUGGGUCCAAAUGGUGAUAGAGGCUUACGCCCAACAUCAUUCCCUGUUGGUUGGGAUCCUCCAGUAGGUAAUCUUGUUGAAAAGACUGCAAAAAAGAUGAACAAGAAAAAAACUGGUACAGAUAAAAGCAAUAGACAAUUUACUGACAAUCCACUGCCAGUGUUCACUGUUCAUUCUGGGAAAUUCAGUCUCUGUCUUGUUCCAAAAAAACUCAAUCUGGGCACCUACAGACUACUCACAUUAUCAAAUGGCACCUUUGUGGACUUGGGACUUGUGUGUGGCAAGAAACAAUGUUCAUUGUCCUCAAAGCAAACAAUGUCAACUGGAAAACAAAAUGUUACCUUGAACUUAGUAAACAAAGAAGUUGCUGGGUGGAACUUCACUGCCAGUUGGCACUUCGGUGUUUACAAUACUUCAGAUGUACUUAACAUUAAUGGUGAGGGCAUAUCUAUCAAAUUGUCUUGGAAUGUCAAUGGAGUUUCAAAAUAUUAUAAUUUGGAAAUCAAAGUGGAUCCUUCCCAGAAAUAUACAGGAUUAGUUGGUGACUUGUUAAAUCCUUCAGCCAAAGAGAUGAAAAAACUCAAAAAAGGUAGACAUUCAGCCUGUAAGAAUGUCCAGUACUCAAAAGUCAUCAAAAACAAAAUGGCUAGGAAGUAUUUUCAGAAAUCUUAAAUUAUGAUACUCCCAGUUGCUAACAUGCUCCUGUUUCUCACAGAUAAUGUUGCUUUGACUAGGGCCUACAAUAUUUUUUAAUGGAUAUUAUCCUAUAAUUUAUAGGAUCAAAAUAAAUGUAUUGAAUUUUAUGAAAUUAGUGUGUGCUGUCAUGCCACUAGAAAUCUGACUAUAGAAAGUGAAAUAAAGCUGUUUCCAUUUUUUUAUAAAUGGAUCUUGUUUCUUUAACUUAAAAAUGUUUGAACUGAACAUGAAGAUAAAGAUCUAUUAUUGAGUUGAAGAGAAAUGCAAUAAUAAAAAUUAGAAAAUAAUUGACAGCAUUUGGUAGCUCUCCUAUGUUCAACUAAAUAUCUUUCAGUUUUUGUUAUAACUUUAAAAUGAAAUUAUAUUCAUGAUGCAACUGUUACACAAAGAAGUCUUUGAAAUGCUUUUGAUUAGACCUUGAUUGUUUUAUUUAAACAAGUAGCACAUUUAUUGGUUUAAAAAAAAAAACAUAUGAAGUUUCUAUUCUCUAAAAAUGUCUACAAUAAACUUAAAUAAUGCAUCUA